AUGGCAAGCGCAAUUGCUUCCCAUAAGCGAGUCCUGAGCGAGAACAACGCUCGCCAGAAUAUCACAUCCUCUCCAGCUUCAACAAAAAAACGCAAGGUCGAUGCAGUCCCCUCGUCCCCUGCCGCCGCUCGGGUCCCCGGCUCUCAGAAUGACCACCGAUCCAAGAUGGCGUCCAGUCAGCCAAAGAGCGCUUUCGAAUCAGAAGUCCUCGAGAAACUCAGCCAGGACUUAUCGGACAGGAAACGAAACAGUGCCGAAAAAGAUCAAGCAUGGGAUCGACCACCCGUAGUCGACUUCGUCCCGGAGCGUGACAAUCUCUGCUUCCAGGCUAUCGAGGCUGAGGAGGGCACAUUGCAUGGCGGACGAGCCACCGUCAAGCUCUUUGGCGUGAACGAGGCAGGAAAUUCGGUCAUGUUGCAUGUUACCGACUUCAAGCAUUAUCUCUACGUCCCCGCUCCAGUGAACUUCCAGCCUCAGGAUUGCGCAGCUUUCAAAGCCUACCUGGAGACACAGGUUGCCCAGCACCAACCCUCGAUCCACUCCGUUGCUUUCGCCAUGAGAGAAAACAUCUACGGAUUCCAGGGCAACCAGUCCAAACCAUACUUGAAAGUCACCGUGACCGACCCCAAGUUUAUAAACAAAGUCCGAACGACUAUCCAGAGUGGCAAUGCGAACUGGAAGGGAAUGUGGAGGAAUGAUGGUGAAGUUCAAACUUUCGACAACCUACAAUAUUUGCUGCGAUUUAUGGUUGACUGCAAGGUCCGAGGAAUGUCAUGGGUCGAAGCCCCAGCAAAGACGUAUAAGCUUAUCAACGACCACAUCCGCCAGUCGAACUGUCAGAUUGAAGCCGAAGUUAGUUAUCUUGAUCUCAUCGCACACGAGCCAGUCGGCGAAUGGUCGAAAAUGGCUCCUCUGCGUAUUCUAUCCUUUGAUAUCGAAUGUGCUGGUCGCAAGGGUAUCUUUCCAGAGGCGAACCACGACCCCGUUAUUCAAAUCGCCAAUAUUGUCACCAAAUAUGGAGAGAAGAAGCCCUUUGUUCGAAACGUGUUUUGCUUGCAAGAGACAAGUUCUAUUGUAGCAACUCAGAUUCUUGCAUAUGAAAAGGAGGAGAAGAUGCUUAGCGACUGGCAAAAGUUUCUGAUCAGAACAGACCCUGACAUCAUUACGGGCUACAAUAUUUCAAACUUUGAUUUCCCGUACCUGCUGGACCGAGCCAAGCAUCUCAAAGUAGCUGGUUUUGAAUACUGGACUCGAAUCCCCAGCAUGCAAUCCCGAGCCAAGGAGACCAACUUUUCUAGCAAGCAGAUGGGCAACCGAGACACUAAAGCUACCAACACGAACGGCAGGUUGCAAUUAGAUCUCCUUCAGCUAGUUCAGCGCGAUCAUCAACUUCGAAGUUACACUCUGAACUCUGUGUGUGCCAAUUUCCUGGGCGAGCAGAAGGAAGAUGUGCAUCAUACCAUGAUUACCGAACUUUUCAACGGCACACCUGAGUCCCGAAGACGUCUUGCGUUAUACUGCUUGAAGGAUGCAUACCUCCCGCAGAGACUGAUGGACAAACUUUCGUGCUUAGAAAACUACACUGAGAUGGCAAGAGUCACAGGUGUGCCCUUUAACUUCUUGCUGUCUCGAGGUCAGCAAGUCAAGUUCAUCAGUCAGCUGUUCCGAAAAGCACUGGAACAGAAACUCGUUAUCCCCAACCUCAAGUCUGAAGCUUCUGAUGAGCAAUACGAGGGUGCUACAGUCAUCGAGCCCACCCGAGGUUACUACGAUGUUCCAAUUGCCACUCUGGAUUUCGCAUCUUUGUACCCAAGUAUCAUGCAAGCUCAUAACCUUUGCUACACCACGUUGGUCAGCAAGAAAGCAAUUGAAGCUUUCAAUCUCCAGAAAGACGAGGAUUACAUUGUCACCCCCAACGGCGAUACUUUUGUGACGACCAAGCAACGCAAGGGUUUACUAGCGCAGAUUCUCGAGGAAUUGCUUGCUGCGCGUAAACAGGCCAAGCGUGAACUAGCCGUUGAGACAGACCCCUUCAAAAAGGCUGUGUUGAACGGUCGACAGCUGGCUUUGAAGAUCAGCGCAAAUAGUGUGUACGGUUUAACGGGUGCAACGACAGGAAAGCUUCCUUGCCUUGAAAUUGCCAGUAGUACAACGAGUUUUGGCCGAAAAAUGAUUGAGAAGACUAAGGAAGAAGUGGAAAGUCGCUACAACAUCGCCAACGGAUACUCACACGACGCCCAGGUCAUCUAUGGUGACACUGAUUCGGUCAUGAUCAAGUUUGGUACCAAAGACCUCCAGGAGGCCAUGAGGCUUGGAGAAGAAGCAUCGAAAUACGUGUCGGAAAAGUUUGUGAAGCCAAUCAAGCUUGAAUUCGAAAAGGUAUAUUUUCCAUACCUACUCAUCAACAAGAAGCGAUAUGCAGGUCUAUACUGGACCAAACCAGAGAAGUACGACAAGAUGGACACCAAGGGUAUCGAGACGGUGCGCCGUGACAAUUGUCUCUUGGUACAGACCGUGAUUGAAAAGGUCCUACGAAUGAUUCUGAUCGAUCAAGAUGUUCCAGGUGCACAAGAGUACGUCAAAGAGACGAUUGCAGAUCUACUGCAAAAUAAGGUCGACAUGUCGAAAUUGGUCAUCACAAAAGCCCUUACAAAAGACGAUUAUGCCGCAAAGCAAGCCCACGUCGAGCUGGCGCAACGGAUGAAGAAGCGAGAUGCAGGCUCGGCGCCGGGACUCGGCGACCGAGUGGCCUACGUCAUGAUCCGAGGUCCUGCCGGCGCCAAAAACUUCGAGAAGUCGGAGGACCCCAUCUACGUGCUUGAGCACAACGUGCCGAUAGACACGCGCUACUACCUAGACAACCAGCUAGCCAAGCCACUUGGGCGUAUUUUCGAACCGAUUCUCGGGGAGACUAAGGCGCGAUCUCUACUUACAGGCGACCACACUCGUGUCAUUUCGGUAGCAGCUCCUACAGUUGGAGGUCUCAUGAAAUUCGCCAAGAAGACACAGACAUGCAUGGGCUGCAAGAAGCCUCUGACAGGAAAAGAGGAGUCCGAGGGAGCGGUAUGCUCCAAUUGUGCACCUCGAGUCGGAGAGCUUUACAAGAAGACGCUUGAUCGCGUCUCAGACCUUGAGGUGCGCUUCGGACGACUGUGGACCCAAUGUCAACGCUGCCAGGGUAGCAUGCACUGCGAGGUUAUCUGCAGUAGUAAAGAUUGCCCCAUCUUCUAUAUGCGCAUGAAAGCUAAGAAGGAUCUCGAGGACGCUGGUCGCGAGCUCACUCGCUUUGAUGCUGAUCAGGCGGCCAUGUGGUGA